CAAGGUUAUAUCAAGCCUUGUGAACACUGUCCCUUGACUCGUUACCCAAUCUCACUGCAUCAGGUAGGUCUGACUUGUCUGUCACCAGGUAAGAUGGCGACCUCCCAGAAGUUAACAGAACACUUUCUGACAUGCACGAUAUGUACAGAGGUGUUUGACAAGCCCUGUACACUUGCAUGUAAUCACACCUUCUGUCGGAAAUGUGUCAUCACCUACACCCAAACCAGACCAGAAGCCAUCAGUGCCAAGUCUCUCCUGUGUCCAUUCUGCAGGAAGAUGACGAAAGUGUCUGCCCCUGAGAGACCAGUGGAGGAAUGGGCAGAUGACUUCAAACCUAGCUUUGUCAUCCAGGGACUUUUGGACUCAUUUGGCCCCGAAUCUAAAGAUACGAUCAACUGCAGCUUUUGUAAGGAGGAAGGGGAGACAACUCCAGCUACAUCUUGGUGUUCUGUCUGUGACGACGCACUCUGUGAACUGUGUAUGUGGGUGCACAAACUAAUUCCACUUUUCCGUCAUCGUGGCGCAUUUGACCUGUCUCCAUAUAUGAAGGUUAAGGUUAGGAAAAAGGUCAUGUGUAAAGUUCACAAGGAUGAAAAUGUCAAAUACAUUUGUAAAGAUUGUAAAACAGCUGUUUGUCAAACAUGCUGCACCAACCAUCACAGGAAAUGUGACUUGGUUGUUGAAAUUGAGUCAGAGAUUACUGCAAUGAAAACCGAGUUGAAAGAGAAUAAAGAGGAUUUGUUGAAGAAACACGACGAGAUGAAAACACAUGUUGGUAAACAGGACACCAUUAACGUGCUGGACCUGAAGGCUACACCUGUGUUACAAGACGCCAUUAACGUGCUGGACCUGAAGGCUACUCCUGUGUUACAGGACACCAUUAACGUGCUGGACCUGAAGGCUACUCCUGUGUUACAGGACACCAUUAACGCGCUGGACCUGAAGGCUACUCCUGUGUUACAGGGCAACAUUAACGUGCUGGACCUGAAGGCCACUCCUGUGUUACAGGGCAACAUUAACGUGCUGGACCUGAAGGCUACUCCUGCGUUACAGGGCACCAUUAACACCAGAGUAGCAGGAUAUGCAGAUAUAUCAAACCCCAGUGAUAUGACGGUGUUAGUGGUGAAUGGUACAGACACAGUGGUAGUCACAGACUAUAGCAACAACAGUGUGAAGUCCUUCUACACCAGGAAUAAGAAGCAAAGUCACAGCAGGCUCAGUGUGGGUGGUCGUCCGUAUGGUAUAACAAAGUUGAAGGACAACCAGGUGGCUGUCACUGUGCCGGGUGCCAGUCAUAUUGUAACAGUACAAGUCAACCCUGACCUGGUGCUGUUGUCAACCAUUAUAACCAGCAAACGGUACUACAGUAUAACGUCUCUGACACCAUCAACACUAGCAGCAGGUUCUGACUCCCCUCCCUGUGUUGAUAUCCUUGAUAUGGCGGGACACGUGCUGAGGUCAAUUUUUCCAGGCCAACCUAGUAGAUACAUCUUGAAGUAUCCCUUCUUCCUCUGUACCACGAGGACAGGAAACAUCCUGGUGUCUGACUGGGGAUCCAAGUGUGUCGUGUGUCUGACUCCCGAGGGAGAUGUGGUGUUCACCUACAACACUACAGGAGACACAGAGAUGGAGUAUCCACAUGGUAUCACAAGCACCAGCACAGGCGACAUCCUGGUGACAGACAUCAAUCUACACAGAGUCAUCCAUCUGACUGAGUCAGGACAGUUUGUAAGAAACAUACUGACAUCACAGGAUGGCGUCCAGAGUCCACGUGGAGUGUGUGUUGGUGGGCGUGGCCGCAUGUACGUGUGUACAUGGGAUGCAGUGAGGGUAUUUACAUUGAAGUGAAUGAACAUGUCGCAAUCCUCCUUUCAAUCAACUGUAGUCAGUGUGAGUUGAGGAUUUAUGUUUUAGAUAUGUGUAAUUGUGUAUUUACCUUUAAGCACAUUUCACUGUGUUUUAGUAAAAUCACAUUAUAUAUAAGUGUUUAAUCACUCAUCUGUCCUUUGCUAUUCAAAUGUGAUGAAUGAAGGUUUAAUAGGACACGGUCUGUAAGUGUACACAUUUUGUAAUCUCAAUAGCAAGACACGGCUGUACAUGUACUGCUUUAAUUGUUCAGAUCUCAUUUUAUAUCACCAACUUUGAAUGUAUGUAGCUUUGAUAGAAGAUCAUUAUAUCGAAUACCAGAUCCUCCGCAUGGUGUGUUUUUCAUGUUUCAUGUAACGGAGCUAUUCCUUCUGUGUUAUAAAUGGUAGUGUUGUGAGCUAUGUCGGUGUAGGUUGAAUAUUUACAUGACAGUAAUCCUUGCUUGCUAUGCUAAGGACACUAAGCAGCACUGUUUUGUUACAGAUUUACACACGGGGCAUCGUUUUGCUAUCUAUUCCUGAUUUUAUGUCAAUAAUUCAUUUAAUGAUAUCCCAAAAUGAAUUAUUGUAAUUCAUAAUGCCUGAGUAUUAUGGAUCUAUUUGUGAUAUCUGAUAUAUCUGUGUAAUAUUUACAUGACAGCCAGACUUCCUUGCUAUGCGGAAAAAGUUUUGUUACAGCUUUAUAGACAUUCUUCCGACCACAAUGAUCCGGGCGACAGUUGCACUGCUGUGUCACUGUGACCUGCAAAGGAGGCCCGCGAGAGUCUGGCGUUUCUGAAUUCUAAAUUCGACAGGCUGAUCAUGUGACAUGCGGUACGAAAACCGCCAAACCAGUCAAAGUGAAAAGCCAGUAUUUUGCACUCGUUGUGACCAACCGAUCACAAAUGUAGUCACUUAACAAAAAACAACUAAUGCAUUAGCAACCCACACUUAAGCAUUAGCAACCCCGAUAUACACCAACAAACCACACUAAUGCAUUAACAAAAAAUAACUAACGUAUAGGCAACACACAUUUAUGCAUUAGCAACCCACACUAAUACAUUAAUAAUCCACAUGAAUACAUUAUCAACCCAUACGUAUGCAUUAGCAACCCACACUAAUACAUCAACAAACCACACUAAUGCAUUAACAAAAAAAAACACUUAUGCAUGAGCAACCCACACUAAUGCAUUAACAAAACACACUCACUCAUCACCAA